AUGUCAGGUGACAAGAAAGCCGUGGUUAAGAAUGCCGACAUGAGCGAGGAGAUGCAGGACGAUGCGAUCAACACUGCACUGCAGGCUCUGGACAAGUACAACAUUGAGAAGGACAUUGCUGCCUACAUCAAGAAGGAGUUCGACAAGAAGUACAAUCCAACCUGGCACUGCAUCGUCGGCCGAAACUUUGGCAGCUACGUCACUCACGAGACGAAGCACUUCAUUUACUUUUAUCUUGGCCAGGUGGCUAUCCUCCUCUUCAAGUCAGGAUAA